CAGAUUCUGGUCCAUCUUCUCUCAACAGAGAUGGAAGAAGCAUCCACCUUUCUUGCAAAAAAAAGGUAUGCAGUGGUUACCGGAGCAAACAAGGGGAUUGGAUUGGGAAUAAGCAAGCAGUUAGCUUCCAAAGGGGUGGCUGUUGUUUUGACUGCUAGAGAUGAGAGAAGGGGCAUUGAAGCUGUCGAAAAGCUCAAAGAAUCUGGUCUCUCUGAAUUUAUCCUUUUUCAUCAACUUGAUGUUGCAGAUCCAGCCAGUAUUGCUUCUCUGGCAGAUUUCAUCAAAACCCAGUUAGGAAAGCUUGAUAUCUUGGUGAACAAUGCAGGAAUUACAGGUGCCUUAGUAGAUGGUGAUGCUCUAAGAGCUUCAGGCUUUGGAAAGCCUGGUGUACAAAUCAACUGGAGUGAGAUUAUUACUGAAACACAUGAGUUAGCUGAUGAAGGCCUCAAAACAAACUACUAUGGUGCUAAAAGAAUGUGUGGUGCUAAAAGAAUGUGUGGUGCUCUAAUUCCCCUACUCCAGUUGUCUGAUUCUCCAAGAAUUGUGAAUGUUUCUUCCUCCAUGGGAAAGUUAAAGGGCAUAUUUCAGAAUGUAUCGAAUGAAUGGGUGAAAGCAGUCUUUAAUGAUAUUGAAAACCUUACUGAAGAGAAAGUGGAUGAAGUAUUGAACCAAUACCUGAAAGAUUUUAAAGAAGGAUCAUUGGAAAACAAAGGCUGGCCUGCUAAUAUGUCUGCCUACACACUCUCAAAAGCUGCCAUGAACGCAUACACAAGGGGAAGAGAAAAUGCCCCAUGUCCUCAUCUCGUAAUGAGAAAUAUUCCUCUCCAUCCCAUCUCCAUGAUGGGAUUGACGCAAAUUGCCAUCCCUAUCCAUAGAGAUUAGUAUUUAUGUGUAUUCAUUGAAUACGCAUUCCAUCAAUGACCGAGCUGAGGAUUUAUUUGUUGUACAUUACCAAAAUCAAAGAACCCUUCUGAA